UCUCAUCUCAUUAAUCUCCUCUUUGGCUCGGGAGCGUUACAUGUCCAUCCGGCUCAUCGGGCUUUGGCUUUGGCUCUGGCUCCUCGCUAUGGCUAUUGAUCUGGCUCUGGCUCUUUCUUUGGCUCUGCCUCUGCCUCCGACCAACAGCCGCCCAUUGAUGCAACUUUCCAACAACCGCGGCAAGGUUCCGACUACAUGCGGCUUCAACGACGGAGGUGCCUGCACGACGAGUGGGGCAAACGCGGACAGUGGGCAUGGGGCGGGGUAAAGUGGGCUUGCCUUGCGACCUUGUUGAUCUCUGAUCUCAUCCCAAUCCGUAGGGCGGUGCCGAUAAGACAAGCCGUCCGCCCCACGCUGACCAUCCAUCUCAUGACCAUAUGAACUCGCUUAGUCCCGUC